AUGAAAGUUGUCAGUGCCGUCAUGAGGUUCUUCGUUAAAGCCGUUUCUGUAUGUCAUGCAAAUAAAGCUUAUUUUUCUAGUCGUGUCAUCCCGGAAUGUGGCGCUACAAAAAAAGACGAUGUGAUGAAACUAAGAUCAUUUCUGAGCGGUACGAAGAGAUUGUUAGUGCUUUCCGGCGCCGGCGUUUCGACCGAAAGCGGUAUUCCGGACUAUCGCUCUGCGAAAAUUGGCCGUUACAGCAGACCGAAACCAUUAAUCGUUGAUCAUCAAGAAUUUAUGCAUAGUGCUGGAUUGCGGCGCCGUUAUUGGGCGAGAAACUUCUUGGAAUGGACAUGGUUCUGCAAAGCAACUCCAAAUCGAAGUCACGAGAUCAUAGCAGAUUGGGAGCAGAAAAACAAGCUUUCAUGGCUGAUCACGCAGAACGUUGACGGUUUGCACUCAAUGGCUGGAAGCCAAAAAGUCACAGAACUGCAUGGAUGUCGUCGUAGGGUAAGAUGCAUGAAAUGCAAAGAGCUUUUUUCUCGCGAUGCUGUGCAGACGAUGAUGGAAGAGCAAAAUUUUUCUUGGAACGCGAGAUUCUUAAAAGUAUCUGCAGAAACUGAGGUGAAUCUCACUGAAGAUGAGGAAUUUAAUUUCAACGCACCGUCCUGCCCAAAAUGCGGUGGUUUCAUGAAGCCUGACGUUGUGUUCUUCGGCGAUAGUGUUCCUGAGGAAAUAAUGCUCUUCCUCAAAAGUAAAGUUCAUGAAGCUGAUAGCAUGCUGGUUCUCGGCUCAUCGCUAAUGGUCAACACUGGUUUUUAUUUUGUUCAACUUUUAAAAAGUAGCGACAAACCACUCGCCAUUGUUAACAUAAAUGAAACCAAGGCGGACCAUUUUGCUGAUGUGAAAAUAUCUGCUGUAUGCGGUGAAAUUCUAACUGCCAUUGGUUGCGACUGGUGA